UAUGUCAAAUUUAUCUCAGAUAAAAAACAGAAACAGACUAUAGUCUGUCUCAUAAUAGUUAUGUAUUAUUGUGACAUGUGUUUUCUCAAAUUGUAUACAUAAAGUAAUUAAAUUGGUAGAUAUUUCAGCAAUAUUUACUAGAAAAAUGACUACCCCUGUUAUAAAAUAUGUGGGUCGAACAACUAAUUUUAAAGGCAAGACACUUUGGGAAAUAGUUGGAAAUCUGAAGAAUAUGGGGGUUGGGAGAGUUAUUGUUAGGUCGGUGUUUGAGCGAUACCCGGAGCCUAGUUUCAUGAAAAUUGUGAAAGUAGAGACCUGUCCAGAUGAGGAAAGACGUCGAGUGAGAAUAUGGGUUGAGAAAACAUUCAGAGGCAAAAAGUUGCCAAACCUGACAGAAAUAUAUAGGACAUCAUAUAAACCAGAUUAUAAAUUAAUACCAAAAGAUGAAGAAGAAAUUUUGUUUGCUUCUGUAGACAAAGUUCAAAAACCCAGUGAGGUGAUCUUACCAAAUACAAUAGAGAUGCCGCCAUUAAUGAGAAAAUUCAUUGUAAAAGAUCAUGAGAAAAAAGGAUUAGAGCCAAUGAAGGAGUUUAUUAUUCCAAUAUCCUAUCAGCACAGUCCAAAUAGAGUACAAAGGAUUGCAAAGCCUGGAGAAAAACCUACACUUGUGUUUACUAUGGGGCUUGGGAAGCCAGCAAGUCCAUCAUUAUAUGAGGGAGUACCACUUAAUUAAAAGAAAUAAAUUUAUAUAGUAAUAAUGUAAUCAUUUAGAAAAUAUUAGGAAGUGAAAUUAUAGUAAUAAAUAAAUUU